UCGAAAGUCAUUUUCGUGGGUCCAGGGAUGAGUGAAGGCUUGAAGAUUCUUGAGAAGGUUAAAAUAGCGUAUGACAUCCCUAUUAUUACUGAUGUGCACGAAACUAUCCAGUGUGAAGCAGUUGGUAGAAUUGCAGAUAUCAUACAAAUUCCUGCGUUUUUAUGCCGUCAGACAGAUCUUCUAGUUGCAGCUGCAAAAACUGGGAAAAUUAUCAAUAUUAAGAAAGGCCAGUUCUGUGCUCCUUCUGUCAUGAUAAAUUCUGCUGAGAAGGUUAGAUUGGCUGGAAAUUCAAAUGUGAUGGUUUGUGAGCGUGGAACUAUGUUUGGCUAUAGUGAUUUAAUUGUUGAUCCGCGUAAUUUGGAGUGGAUGAGGGAUGCUGAUUGUCCUGUUGUGGCUGAUGUGACACAUUCACUACAACAGCCUGCUGGGAAAAAGUUGGAUGGUGGUGGUGUUGCCAGUGGAGGUCUUCGUGAAUUGAUACCAUGUAUUGCAAGGACAGCAGUUGCUGUUGGGGUAGAUGGAAUUUUUAUGGAGGUGCAUGAUGAUCCUCUGAGUGCUCCUGUGGAUGGUCCAACACAAUGGCCUCUACGCCAUUUGGAGGAAUUACUUGAAGAGCUCAUGGCAAUAGCUGUUAUUGUCUGUGGAUUCAGUCUAGCUUUACUACGAGAUGACAAGAAUGGCAAGUAUUUGUUCACUUCUGCUAUUAAAUGCUAUGUCGUUUAAUAUUUCCAACUUGAAUUAGAUGCCAAUUCAAUUAUUAUUUUCAACCAAUUGUUUUUUUUUUUUACCGUGGUUGUAAUAUUUGUAUUGGGUCAGUCCAUAUAAAUCUAGAUGGUAAAUGGCUAACUUACAAUAAUAUUUGUAGUGUGAUACUUUGAAAAUUUCUUUGCCAAAAUUUAUUCUAUAGUAGUAUUUGUGGGAAAAAAA